CAGCCGCAGCUCUUGAAUUGUCCAAGUCUGAGAAUGACUCCCCCAGACAUGGCGCUGCGGUGAAGUAGGAACGGGCAAGCAAAGGGAAGAUAUUCAGUCCCGUUUUUGUUUUUAAGUUAUUUUUACUUUUUAAUUGUCGUGGAGUGAGGUUUUAUUUGGCAGCGAUGCGGGGACGUGACACGAUUGUGUGUUUUCCCCUUGGGAAACAACACCAAGGCUGAUUUUUGUUUUAAUUCUCAUCGAACUACAGCGAUGUAUUUGCAUGAGUACUUACUAUUAAGUUACACUAGCUGACUUGCUCCAUGGUAGUUCCGUGCACUUACUUGGUGGCAUCGUAUUGCAGUGUGCCACUGAAGUUAAGGUGCCGCUCGGUUUCGUGCCGCUAAGUCUAGUCGCGAUUCUCUAAAUAACAUUUUAACGCCUGAUCGAGCAAGCGACCAUGCCGGGGAAAACUAAGUACAAUUUAGUAGAUGACGGACACGAUUUGAGGAUUCCUCUGCACAACGAGGAAGCCUUCCAGCAUGGCAUAAAUUUCGAAGCCAAGUACAUUGGUAGUCUGGAUGUGGCGCGACCGAAUAGCAGAGUGGAGAUAGUAGCGGCUAUGCGGAGGAUACGGUAUGAGUUCAAAGUGAAGAACAUCAGGAAGAAGAAGGUCAACAUCAUCGUAUCGGUGGAUGGCGUCAAGGUGGUCCUGAGAAAAAAGAAGAAGAAAAAAGAGUGGACCUGGGACGAGAGCAAGAUGAUGGUGAUGCAGGACCCAGUUUACCGGAUUUUCUAUGUCUCUCAUGACUCGCAGGACUUGAAAAUCUUCAGUUAUAUCGCCAGAGACGGACAGAGCAAUGUGUUCCGCUGUAACGUGUUCAAGUCAAAGAAAAAGAGCCAGGCCAUGCGCAUCGUCCGGACCGUGGGCCAGGCGUUCGAGGUGUGCCACAAGCUCAGCCUGCAGCACACGCAGCAAAACGCCGACGGCCAGGAGGACGGCGACAGCGAGAAAGCCAGCAGUGACUCUGGCGUUCCAGUUCGGCAUUUGACAGGUGCGGAGAAGACGGUCACCGAGGAGACGGACAUAGACGCGGAGGAGGCGGCGCCGUCCGACAGCACCGUCGGCGAGUUCAACCGUGGCGUCACAGACCUGGACAUUGCCAAGGAGGAGCAGGCCGCCGACCCGGAUAAGAAGGUUCUGGAGGACGUCAGCAUCCUGCUGGCCACCCCCAGGAUGCUGCUGCCAUCGUCGGGACUGGUGCCCGCUGGCGCCCCCCUGUCCCAGCACCACCAGCUCCAGCUACUCCAGCAGCAGCUCCAGCAGCAGCAGCAGCAGACGCAGGUGGCCGUGGCCCAGGUUCACCUCCUGAAGGACCAACUGUCUGCAGAGGCAGCAGCCCGGAUCGAGGCCCAGGCCCGUGUCCACCAGCUGUUGCUGCAGAACAAGGACCUGCUGCAGCACAUCUCACUGCUGGUGAAGCAGAUCCAGGAGCUGGAGAUCAAGCUCUCCGGACACAACUCCAUGGGCUCACAGGACAGCCUGCUGGAGAUCACCUUCCGUGCCAACGUGCCCCCAGUCCUGUGUGACCCGUCGACGCCCAAACCUGAGGAGGUGUCCCUGCCGCAGUUUAAUGACGGGACUCACCUGGCCCUGCCUCUGGGCAGCCCCCUAGUCGACCAAAGCAUGUUUGAGAAUUCCAACACGGGCCGCCAGCCGGCGUUCCCCAACUUCAAGUCGGCCGCUUCACUGAGCCGGCGCUCGGCGCCUCCCGCGUCCACCUUGGGGGGGUCCGUUGACAUCUCCGGCUCUGGACCGGCGAAGCUGGGGGGCAGCCAACACCUGAAGAACGCUCUCAAUCUGGGCAAGGCCGUGGGGGCCAAGGUGAACGACCUCCUCCGGCGGAAGGAUGCUAGCAGCGUCGGGGACAUCGGGGUAACGGAGGUCAACAGGAACAUUGGCGCAGUAUGGUCUUCCGAGGACAGUGGCGGCGUGGGCAUUGCGGCUAGCAGUCAGGAUUGCAUUCCACGCCUGGACCCCCCUCCCCCCAAUGUUAAAAAGCGUCUUCCUCGUGCUCUGAAGAGCACCCAGGACAUGAUGAUCUCCUCUGACCCCGUGGUGGCUGUUGUGGAGGCCUGCGACUCCUCCUCCGUCUCCCCCCCGGAGGAAACGCCUCUCAUCCAGGAGGAUGAUAAGUCUGAGGUCCAAAUGAAAGGGGAGGAGAGGGAGCCAGGGGGAGGCCUGGAGUUGUACGAAUCUGUGGGCUUUGGGGUCAAAGCUGAAGAAGCGCGGCCUGCAGGUUCCGUCACCUCAGGCCUAGAUGGAACGGUGGAGGACAGAACCGACGAGCCGUCCCAUCUCCAGCUCUCCGUUCCUGACCUCAUCCACAAGGACAACCUGGAACCUCUUCACAAGCCUGAAGGUCUGGAGAGCAGAAUGGCGUCCACCCCUCGCCCAGGAAAGCCAGGCUGCCGUAUCAGCCUGGGCGAUGCUCUGGAGGACUGUCUGGUGGGUUCCGGUGUGGCCAGGCAGAGAUCCGCAAGCGUAGAGGGUGAGGAGCCCCACCCGGACCUUCUCUCAUUCGAGUAACCGGCCCGAGCUGCUACGCUGUGGCCUCUGUUUGUGUCUUCAUCCUGAUGGCAUCCAGCUCGCCAUCCAGUGACUGAGCAGGAAAUCACUAAUCACCGGGUGUGGUUACAGAAGAGAUCAUCACAUCUAACACUAAGUGCAAUGACACACACCAAAUCCUUUAUCAUUUUUACUACCCUAUAACCCUUAAAUUUUAAAAUGAUAUAUAAGCUUAUUUUUAUGAAAUAAUUUUCUGGUCCUCUAAACAAAACCACUAUGAGGUAGCUUUCGUCAGAAUGGUCUUUGGCUGUUUAUUGCUGUUAUAUGACUUGGAGAUUUAAAGAAGCUAAAUUAAUUCUCAAGCUUUGAUUUCAAGAUAGCUGUUCUGAUGAAAAACACAGGCUGAACUCCGCUGCCCAAUCUGCAUAUUUUCAUUAACAUGCAUCUUUGUGUAGCAACAUAAUGAGGAAAAUGCACAAUCUGGCUUGUUUUACGCAAUGUGUGAAUUUCUGCAGAUUCUGCUCACCUGAUUGGACGACUUGGUGAGUCGUUCUCAUUAGCUACCGUUUUUGGCACACACUUAAGUGUGCAGAUGUCAGCUCGCCGAUAAAUGGCAUCUGACGAAAACCGCAACCGAAUGCUGCUGUUGAGGUGAGCUCUGGCGGAGCCGACGGUGAGGAAUGUACCCGAAACCCUCCCUGCCUGUAGGGGGCGAUGCUGAGCCUGUUUUGGAGGACAUCGCUGCCACAUGAUCAGCUGACCACGGACAUGGUGACGAAAUCAGACUUUAAACUGACUCUGUCAGUGGGCGAUUGCUUAUUUGGAAAUUAGUAUUAUGUAGUAUUCUCAUAGAAUAGUAAAGCACGGGAGAAAUACUAACAGGAAAAAAAUUAUUUACUAUUAUCCAUCUUAUAUUAUUUAAUUUAGCUUAAGACUCCGUGGACAACUUAAAAUGAUGAAGUACCUUUUCUCCAUUACAUUAAAUGUUGUUAUAUGCAAAGUGCAUUAAAACAAACAUGAACAGUGCUGUAUUAAUGAUUUUGACUAACUGAGCAAAGCGAAAGUGCUUAAGGGAAGAAAUGAUCCAGUAAGAUGAUGCAGCUAUAAAUAUAUAUAUAUACACACACACACGAUGAGUUUUAUGCAACUAUAUCUUAUCACUGUGCAGGCCAUUAAUGAUAAAUUGGAUAUAUUUUAAGAAUAAUCUAAAAUAUUCAAAUGCAUUUAAAAACAUUCUGUUAAACUUUUAAAUGUGUAUGAAUGUGUGCCCAUAAGCUUUUGUAUUUGUAUACUGUCGGAACUGCCUUCACUGUACAUUACAGAACAUUUUGCUUCAUAACUGGUUUUAUAUUGCAACGGUCAGAUGGACACCAAACAAAAUAUAUAUGCUAUCAUAAUUCAUUUUAAUAGAUUGUAAUGUAGAUUUAUGAAAUGGCUGUAUAAUAUUGUUUCAGAUGUAAUUUAUGGGAAGUUGUCUGUAGAAUUUUCACAAAACCAUUCCCUAAAAUGAAGGAGAAAGUGAUUUGUAAUACCAGCAUUAGGCUCAUAAACUCCACAUUGCAACAAUGAAA